CCUGUAACAUGGAGCAAUUUCCUUUUUCACCGUGGAAGCUGCGACAAGUUGUAGGGGUAGGGAACAAGGUCACCCCGCCAACAGGGCAGCGCUCCAGAGUGUUAGAAACCCUUCUAUGUCUACCUGCACCUAGGACAGAAAGGAUGCGCCCAAGAAGUGUGCAACUGCCUCUUGAGGAGUUUGGUGAGCAACAGGCAGAGGUCCUCUCUCCCCUCUCACCCAGAGGUGCCCAAGGGACUAGGCAGUCUGAGUCGGUGUGGCCUUAAAGCUCUGGGCCAUAACCCCUAAGCCCGCAGGCGCAGCGGAUCGCUCAAUAGCAGCCGCUGUGCAGGUCUGCCCAAGGGUUAACUCGUUCCUGGGCAGCUGCUGCGCUUGUGGUGCGAAAUCUCACCAGAAGAGGGUACAGUAGCAAUGCGUUUGACGUCAGGCUGGAAUUCCUAUUGUGUUUCGGGAAGGCUCUGGCAAAGCCAGUUCAAGUUCGCUCUCUGCACAUCCCGAUUGUGUAGCUCCUGGGCCGGCCCACCGACGCCGCCUGCUUGCCCCGGGAAGGAGGUCGCUGCCCGCAAGGAGAGUCUGGUCCUAUUCCGGAGGGAGCUGAAACGACAUAUCCGGAGCCGUGGGUGAGUGUCCCGAACACCGGAGGCCAUCGGCAGCAGAGUCCCCUGCCGAGGUGCCUGGAUGCCCGUGCGCAGCCCCGCCACUGCCUCCGCUGGGUGCAUGGCUCCCCCGCGGUACGCCCCAGCCUGCCACCGCCCGCUGUGAGUGCCCUUCCCAGCAGGUGGCUGCUGUCCCCGAGGGCCGCGCAUUGGCAGGGCGCAGGGAACCCGGGCUUGCGAGCGCACCCGCGGGGAGCAUGGACGCGUCUGCAGAGCAAAGCCUCCCGGAGGAGCCAGAGCAAAGCCUCCCGGAGGAGCCAGAGCAAAGCCUCCCGGAGCCUGGCAGUCAGGACUCCGUGGCAGGCGACGAUAUUGAGAUCGUGGUGAAUGUGGGGGGCGUGCGGCAGGUGCUCUACGGAGACCUGCUCAGCCAGUACCCCGAGACCCGGCUGGCGGAGCUCAUCGACUGCUUAGCAGGUGGCUACGACACCAUCUUCUCCCUGUGCGACGAUUACGACCCAGGCAAGCGCGAAUUCUACUUUGACCGGGACCCGGAUGCGUUCAAGUGUGUUAUCGAGGUGUACUAUUUUGGAGAGGUCCACAUGAAGAAGGGCAUCUGCCCCAUCUGCUUCAAGAACGAGAUGGACUUCUGGAAGGUGGACCUCAAAUUCCUGGAUGACUGUUGCAAGAGCCACCUGAGCGAGAAGCGCGAGGAGCUGGAGGAGAUCGCACGCAGGGUGCAGCUCAUCCUGGACGACCUGGGUGUGGACGCCGCUGAGGGCCGCUGGCGCCGCUGCCAGAAGUGCGUCUGGAAGUUCUUGGAGAAGCCGGAGUCGUCGUGCCCGGCGCGGGUGGUGGCGGUUCUAUCCUUUCUGCUCAUUCUUGUCUCCUCCGUGGUCAUGUGCAUGGGCACUAUACCCGAGCUGCAGGUGGUGGACGCUGAGGGCAACCGCGUGGAGCACCCGACGCUGGAGAACGUGGAGACUGCUUGCAUCGGUUGGUUUACACUGGAGUACCUGCUACGCCUCUUCUCGUCGCCCAACAAGCUGCACUUCGCCCUGUCCUUUAUGAACAUCGUGGAUGUACUGGCCAUCCUCCCCUUCUAUGUGAGCCUCACACUCACGCACCUGGGCGCGCGAAUGAUGGAGCUGACCAACGUGCAGCAGGCUGUGCAGGCCCUGCGGAUCAUGCGCAUCGCACGCAUCUUCAAGCUGGCCCGCCACUCCUCGGGCCUGCAGACCCUCACCUACGCCCUCAAACGCAGUUUCAAGGAACUGGGGCUGUUGCUUAUGUACCUGGCUGUGGGCAUCUUCGUCUUUUCCGCACUAGGCUACACCAUGGAGCAGAGUCACCCUGAAACACUGUUCAAGAGCAUUCCUCAGUCCUUCUGGUGGGCCAUCAUCACCAUGACCACAGUGGGCUAUGGUGACAUCUACCCCAAGACCACGCUGGGCAAGCUCAACGCAGCCAUCAGUUUCUUGUGUGGGGUAAUUGCCAUCGCCUUGCCCAUUCACCCCAUCAUCAACAACUUUGUCAGGUACUACAACAAACAGCGUGUUCUGGAGACUGCAGCCAAACAUGAGCUGGAGCUGAUGGAGCUCAACUCCGGCAGCGCAGAAGGCAAACCCGGGGGCUCCCGCAGCGACCUGGACACCCUGCCCCCAGAGCCUGCCGCCAGGGAGGGGCCAAGCUGGGGCAGCCGGCUAAAGCUCUCACACAGUGAUACCUUCAUCCCCCUGCUGACGGAGAAACACCAUAGGACCCGACUCCAGAGCUGCAAGUGAUGGCUGGGCUCCCAGGCAGGGGCAGACUGAGCUGUAGAUGGAUGGACCAUUGGGUAGGCAUGUCAGUAGUCAUGUCUGCGGCUUCAAGGGAGCUGCCUGUGUCUUCCAGCCCUCCCCUGAGCAGACACUGCCAAGGCUGGGUAAGAAUCUUUAGGUGCCAGCUGUCCAGGCAGAAGGGGUUUGGGGAGUGCAGGAGCCACUGGACAGCUUGGGGCUACUGGAAUGGCCUGGCAGGAGCCCACACCUGCUGUGUCUCCAUCCACAAAACCUCCUAUCCAGCAUACCCUCCACGUUAUGGGUUGUCUCAGGCUGGUUGUUACCCCAAGAGUGGCUCCCACACACCCUAGUGCCAGGCCAGAAAGGAGGUGUGCAGCCCCAGAGGGAGUGGGGGGGUAGCUAUUUUUAGCUGAGAUCUAAUUAAAGAAGAGCAGCAAGGCAGGGUUCAGCUCCAAGGCGCCUUGCCACAUUCCACGAGACACUCUCCUGCUUCCUUCUGUGGAAAAGCUGGCUCCCUGAGGCUUGGAGAGGGAGGAGAGGUUGCAGGCCCUGCUCGUGGGGCAACUGGCUCAUAGUUGUCAUCUGUAGGACUACUCCUUUUCAUCCCCCCUUUUUCCUUUCCAGCUACCCUGAUAGACAGUUAUCCCCAUUUUACAGAUAAAGAAACCGAGGCUCAGGGUCACACAGAAGAGGAAUUCAGGUCUGGUUCUGAUUGUCCCUGAGUUCACGUCGUGUCUCCAACACCAGGCAGUAUUGGGCCAGAGGCCUUUUGCAGGGUUUAUAAGGGUGGGGCUGAGUUUCUCUGCGGUUUGUGUCGGGGGAGUGGGGACUUCAGAGAAUCCCAGUUGUCAGUUCAGAUCCUGGUGUCAGUGCGUGCUCAGCCAACCAUAGCUGUUUCUAUUGUUCUAUGCUGGGAAGGGAGUGAGUUACAUAGCUGCCCACCGUGGUCUCCACUGGUCUGGACUGGGCAUUAGGGCACUCAAAAGCAGGGGACUGUAAUACUGUUCUUGGCCAAAGCCUAAGAGCUGACUUUUUCUUGGUUUCCAAUUCUAGGAGUCAGAGAGCCCUGCCCUUCACCCCACCCCAGCUGAGAGGACACCAAGGACGGAGCACUGUGUUAGAGCAGGAGGUAGAGGCUAUAAGUGGAGGGAUAGGGCUUGUCUUCCAUCUGCCUCCACCCUGGGCGGCUCCUUUCCCUUCCCUGGGCUCAGAUUUUCCCAGAAGUAAGAGGAGGGCUAAUUUCUCAGGGUGCCUCCUAGGUCUGCCUUUCCAGAAUUUCCAAGGUUUGGGCUGCUGAUUCCUGUGGUAGGGUUUCCAGGAGGUGGGAGGUUGUCACUUGGAGGGGGAAGUCUUGAUUGUAUCUGCAGGGUACAUUCUCAAUGCAGAAGGUGCUCAGGUAGAGAUAGAUCAGACCUGGAGUAAAUGCCCGUGUAGCCAGGAUGUUAAUGGCUGUCCAAGGGGACACAGAGACUGCCCCAUGCCUGCCGCCCCCCCAGCCCUCUCACUUAGGACUUUGAAGGUCGUUAACACCUCUGGUCAGGCUGGCUAAGACACUGUUUGCUCUGAACUGUGUUGUGUGCCCCUCUUCACGCUUCUCCAGGAUGCAUCAGGUCCUAUGAGCAUCAGAGGCAGAGGAAGAAGUUGGGGUCUGAGGAAAAAAGCAGGGGAGGGCAGGGCCUACUGGGGUAAGUGGGUUCUUGGGGCUCAGCAGAUUUGCUGAGAGUUGGCUUGCCUUUGUUUAUACCCUUUACCCCAGAGUUCUUAAGAUUUAGCACCUGGGCACCAUCCUGAGAACUCAGAGCUCCAGGACAAGGGAAGUGCUCAGGAUUUAAGGAGAGAGUGGGCAGAAGGCCAUCUUCCUGUGUUCUCUGACUUCUGGGGCAGUGAUGCUGGAGAUGAGGAUGGAGAGAAUGAAUUACAGGGGAAGAGUACGCCCAGUUCCAGAGCAUCUUUGGCUCACUGGGCAUGGGAGACCAUCUGUGAGGUCUCCCCAGCCUAGGAUCCAUGAGGACACUGAGUCCAGGGGGAAUUCAGUGACUGGCAGCAUCCUUACACAGUGAUACACUUUGUCAUAGAGGAGAUCUCUGGGUUUCAAGUACUUGAACUUAGCUAUACCAACCAGGGAUAGCUUUGAAAGCUCAGUGUCCAGGCUACACUCUACUCCUAUGAAAUGAAGAUGUCUGAAUGACCCUCCAGCAUCAGUAUUUUUAUAACUUAAAGUGCACAUGAGUUGCAGUGAUUGUGUUAAAGCCAGGAUUUGGAUUUGUAGAGCUCGGGAAAAAAAAACUAUUCUUUUUCAGCAAGCUCCCAGAUGCAAGCUGGAGGCUGGAGGCUGGGGCUGCUGCUCCACAAACUGGUUCUGAAUGAUCAGAAUAAGCCUGUAAACUGCAGCCUGUGGCCAGAUCUGGUGGAUCACCUGUUUUUGCACAACCCAUGACUUUAGAAUAGGUUUUAUAUUUUUAAAUGUUUAAAAAAAUCCCCAAAGGAAUACAAUUUUUGUGACCGGUGAUUAGUACUUUAAAUUCAAAUUUUGUUGUCCAUAAAUAAAGUGUUAUUGGAACUA